AUGGACUGUGAGAGAGUACUGGGGGAAAGAGAUGAUGUCGAGAAACAAUCUGUUACUGACAUGCUGGAAACAGAUGAUGGGAAGAUAUGCAGGGGAACUGAGACUUACAAGUGUGUUGAAUGUGGGAAAGACUUUACACGGUCACGUUACCUUCAGAGACACAUGAAGAUUCACAGUGGAAUGAAACCUUAUCAGUGUAUUGUCUGUGGUAAACAGUUUUCAGAAUCGGGUAACCUGCAGAGACAUAUGAGGAUUCACAGUGGAAUCCAGCCUUAUCAGUGUGUUGAAUGUGGGAAAGGAUUCACAGAGUCUGGCAACCUUCAGAAACACAUGAGUAUUCACACUGGAAUCAAACCAUAUCAGUGUGGGGAAUAUCGGGAUUGUUCAGAUCAGGGCUCAGGUGUCAAACACUAUUUCAACAGCCAGGCAACAGGAGCUGGUUAA